AUGAUGUUAACAUGGAAAGCAGGCCUUUCCGAAGCCAUUCAAUUCAUCUUCAACGUUGGAGCGGUGUUCUUUAAUCUCAUCUUCUUGAAUAUGUUGCGAAGAGAGUACUUUCACUUGAAUAUGAGGAUCAUAUUGGUAUGUUUCUUAGUUUUUCACAUAGCAUUACAUAGUAAGAUUGUGGUGUAUAAUAUAGUAAUAAUAAGAAUGGUCUUUGUUGUUAACUUUGAACGUGAGAACGUUGGCAAUAAGUGUAGUUAUUGGUACAAAACACGGCGAAAGAGUUUUAAAAUUUAAAAAUAUGCGAAAAACUCUUAUUCACCACAGUAAAAAUUACUAUAUCACUAUUAUAUACGACGUAUCAUUAGUAAAGCUUUGAUAACAAUAAAAUAACUUCAUUUUAGGCUUUGAACUCGUUUUCUCUGAUAGUAGCUCAGUUCUCCGCUUUACUAAGCGACAAUAUAAUCGACCAUCUGCCGUAUGACAUGAGAGAACUCAAAUCUGUCAUCGACGUACUACGUGAUGCUGCUCUGAAUGUAAAUACUUUCAUGGUAAUACCAUUAGUCGGGGAGAGAAUCGUCGCCAGCUUCAGUAGCAGAAAGUACGAACAAGUUGGACGGUCGUGGUAUAUGGCAUAUGCUCUCAGCUUCGUUCUGGUCUCGGUAAGUUAUGUUUACAGUAGUAUUAAAAUUAUUUGUAUUGGAGAAAAAAGUUUUUUUAUGUUGUAAGUCAAAAAGCUAAAACAUAUUUAAUCUUGUCUUUUAGUGGAUUCUCAAUCUUCUGGCAGCCUUCUACACUGAAGAUAUUCUGACAAACUUUGAUUUGUCAGGCCCUGUGGCUAAACUUCGGUCAGAAGCUGAAGGUAACAAGUACUGGUUGGUAGUGUACUAUGCUGCAGGUGGUGCUAUUAACAUAAUAUCAUUUUUAAUAUUUGUGGCACUUUACAAGUACAACCAGUACUACUACAACACUGGUGUUGAUAUUACUCAUCAUUCAUUAUCACUACGGUAUCAGUUGGCUGAAAAUGUGAGGACAGGGAAGCAGUUGAUGCCUGUGGCUUUGUUGACUUCUGUGACGUAUGUUGGGGCUUUUUUACUAUAUUUUUUUACUAACUUAGUAGAAAAUGAUUUAAAGGUUAUAUUAAGGUAGAUAACUUCAAGUAAAACUCUUAUGUUUUAUUCAUUUCAGACAGACCUUCUACGGUUUCGUCCUGACCGGCGCCGUGUGGUCAGCCUUCACCAGCCACUUCAUGGAGGCCAUGUUGUUGAUCAUUCCACCCACCUGUGCAGUCACCGCCACCCUGACCCCGCUUGUCUAUAUUUGGUUUCACAACACAAUGCGUCGUUCCAUUCUUAAUGCUCUGCAAAUAGAACAUUCACAUGCUACGCACUGGCAGGUAGAGGGUCUGAAUGGCAAGAAUCUGUUGGUCGAAAAGAAUGAAACACCGACCGUCCACUUCCAAAUGCUUACGAAAAGCUGGCUUUGA